UUCUUUCUGUCUCUUUCUAAUUUUAUUUGAAGCUGUUCCCUUUGCCUCUCCUCUACGUCGGAAACCACCUCAGUGGAUUAUCAGGCACAAGUAAAUUAAGCCUGCCCAUGUUCACGGUGCUCAGGAAGUUCACCAUUCCGCUCACCCUGCUCCUGGAGACCCUCGUCCUCGGGAAACAGUACUCGUUGGGCAUCGUGGCCAGUGUCUUUGCCAUCAUCCUGGGGGCUUUCAUAGCAGCUGGGUCUGACCUUGCUUUUAACCUGGAAGGCUACGUCAUUGUAUUCCUAAAUGAUAUCUUCACGGCAGCAAAUGGAGUCUAUACCAAGCAGAAAAUGGACCCAAAGGAACUAGGGAAAUAUGGGGUGCUUUUCUAUAAUGCCUGCUUCAUGAUCAUUCCAACUCUUAUUAUUAGUGUCUCCACCGGAGACCUUCAGCAGGCUACUGAGUUCAACCAGUGGAAGAAUGUCCUGUUUGUCCUGCAGUUUCUUCUUUCCUGUUUUUUGGGGUUCCUCCUGAUGUACUCCACGGUUCUGUGCAGCUAUUACAACUCAGCCCUGACCACGGCGGUGGUUGGUGCCAUCAAGAACGUGUCUGUUGCCUACAUUGGAAUGUUGGUUGGUGGAGACUACAUUUUCUCCCUAUUAAACUUUAUAGGGUUAAAUAUUUGCAUGGCAGGUGGCCUGAGGUACUCCUUCCUGACCCUCAGCGGCCAGCUGAAACCUAAACAGCCCGUGGAUGAAGAAAGCAGCCCCCUGGAUUUGAAGCCUUAGAGUCUGGGGCAGGAUGCAGACUGGGGGCCCGGGGAGGGCAUUCCUAGCAGAGCAGCGAGACCAGAAGUUUCCUGCGGGGGACGUCCACCCUGUGGUCGAAGAGCACCCACAGGAACGUCUGCAAAAUGCAAAGACGCUACCUCAACGCACUGCGCCUGGAGCCCUGGGGCUCUGCACAGAACCUGAGCAGCGGGCAGCGGGCUGCUCAGACGGCCGUGAGACUUGUGCAGGGACACCAGUGCUCCCCUUCCCUGCCCUGGGCUCUUGGAGGGCGGGAGGGCGACACUCAGUGGUGACUUUCCUUACCAGCACCUUUGCCUUAAUUUCAAGGGUCAGUGAGACCUUUUUUUUUCCCUCUUAGUUUAAGCAAAUCUACUUUAAUAAAACUACCCGAUGAACUGCCAGGAAAAUCGUUAGCUUUGAUUGAAGCUGUGCUGGGGUCUUUUCCAUCUUAUCAAAAUAAAAUAAAAAGCCAUUUCUAUGUA